UUUGUAACCGUUAGUUCAAAUAGCUAAUUUCACAUCUCAAAAUUGCCGAUUUUCACAAAUAAUCAUGAGUUAACUGUGGUGUUGCAGUUCCUGAAAGAGGAUACUCUUCCUUUUUGUUACAGAACUCAACUACGUCGUAGAAUGAAUGUCAAUAGAGAAGUCGAUAUCGUUGAAGAACAGCUGCAAAGUAAUUCUUUAGAGGAUUUGAACUCUUGCUCCUCAUCUAUUCUUAAUUCCCCUGAUCGAGAAGAUAUGUUGGUAGAUGACGAUGAUUACGACGAUGGAAUAAACGUCACUUUAUUGUCAUCAUCAAUAGUGAAGGAUUCUGCUGAAGAACCUCUUCGUAAAAAUACAGCGGAAAAGAAGCCAGAUGCUUCUGCCACAACCUCUGGCUCGAAAAAUGGCAUAAGUAAUGAUAGCGGUGCUAAUGUGCCAUCCACCGUGGUAGUUCCAAAGGACAUGAAGCUGAAACGUCUUAAUGGAGCUGCAAAAAAGAGGUUUAGGUACCUUGUUGAUCACGGGCAUAGCCGUGAUGAGGCCCGAGUCUCAGCAGAGAAGCCUUUCCGUGUUCCUCAGCCCGAUCCAAUUAAACGUCGCAGGAACGCUGACCUGAGCGAAUCUACUUCUAGCGACACAAAUCCUCCAAAAAGGCUUGCUAGUCAGAUUGAUAGAGGACACACUUAUCAAGUAAGGUCCUCAGUUCAAGGUCGACUAGAACAAGCUAAAAAGGAUAACCUGUCGCUAGAUCCUAAAGAGGCAGCUGUAGGCAGUGGACCUCAUAAACCGUUAUACUCAGAGGUGACGAACUAUAUUAGAAUUGGCAUUCUCCCUGAAGGCUUUCCUAAUAUAGAACUCAGUACUCAACAACUAACGAUGACGCAAAAUGAAAUACUGAAAAAUGUUGCUGCGCAAAGAAAGGAGCCAGUUAAACCUAAGUUUGGCAACUGUUUGUUCCGACCAGGGCAUAUGAUCGUCAUCUGCAAGAACCAAGACACAGCCAAUUGGUUAAAGGCUAAAAUUUCCCUAAUCCAACCUUGGGAGAAUGCAUGCCUUAUUGCAGUUGAGGAGAAAGAUAUACCCAGGCCCGAAGUAUUAGUAGGAUUUUUCCCACGAAGCGAACAGGAUACAAACGACGAAAUCCUCGCCUUUGUGGAAAGCCAGAAUGAAGGCCUUGUAGUUGAUGCUUGGAGGGUUCUUAAGAGAUACGUGGUAAAACAACAUCACGUGGAACUCGUUUUCACUGUAGAUGAUGUUUCCUUGAAGUCUCUGGAAAACUGCAAGUUUACAAUAGACUACAAAUUUGGAGUGGCCUAUUUAAGAAAACGAAAUUUGAAGGAAGAGGGCACUGAAGCUCUUCAACUAUCCAUCACCAUCAGUAGCAAGCAGCUCAACAUCAUCAUUUUCCAGUGCAGUGGGCCACCGACGCCGCGCUGCAUUACCUUUACUAUGCAGCUGAGGCUGUUCGAGGUCGUUUUCUGA